GCAACGAAAGUGGCGGUAAAAAGUAAUGGAGAUAUAUCUUCUUCUUUAUCCACGUCCUGAGAAAUCUGCUCUGGUGUGGCAGAUGGCACCUUGUUUCUGACAAAACUGAAAUCUUCUCUUUCUUUCUUUCUUCUACAAUCCCAUUUCACCUUAUUCUUCUCUUCUGCUGCUUUUUUUUUUUUAGGAACAAAUUUUUGGUUUAUCUUCUUCACUUUUCUAUCUGCAGUUUUGCAGAAAGUAUGGCCAUGUUUUUUCACUGCUCUACCCUCCUAACUCCUGCAAAACAGUCUGGUAUUUCUUCAUGGCAUCAAUUAUUCUCCAGAAAGUUUAAAUUUCAGGGGGACCCAGCAAUGCCAUACAAUUCAAAGAAUUUCAUAUUGGCAAGCCGAGGUACUGCAUCUGCACUGUCUAAGAUUUACAGGAUUUAUUCAGGAGAAUCAUCUAUGAACCAUCUACAAAAUAGGAUUAACAUGAAGACUUGCAUUCACAUGUCUCCGCUACUCUCAAGAGAUGAAUUGCGAAACCUUUCUUUCAAUGAGGAAGUCUACAUUUUGAGAUUACCUGCAAUAGCAGUUCUUUUAGCCAAUGCCAUGUUUCUCACUAUGCCUUUGGAAGCUCUAGCAGAAACAAGUGAGCCAGUCAAUUCCGUCUUCAACAUGCCCCUGUUCCUAUUUGUAGCACUCAUUGGGGCUACUGUUGGAGGAUUGCUGGCUCGACAAAGGAGAGGGGAACUCCAACGACUUAAUGAACAGCUGCGUCAGAUUAAUGCAGCUCUUAGAAGACAAGCAAAAAUAGAGUCAUACGCCCCUACCUUGAGUUAUGCCCCUGCUAGUAACAAAAUCCCGGACACUGAAGUAAUAGUUGAUCCAAGGAAAGAAGAGCUGAUUUCUCGUCUGAAAGCUGGUAAAAAUCAUCUGAGGAACCAAGAUCCAGAGAAAGCGUAUACAGAGUUCAAUGUUGCUCUGGCACUUGCUCAGAAUUUAAAUGAUCCUGUUGAGGAAAAGAAAGCUGCCAGAGGCUUAGGAGCUUCAUUACAAAGACAAGGGAAGUAUCGUGAAGCGAUCAGGUAUCAUAACAUGGUUCUGGGUAUAUCUAAGCGCGUAGGAGAGUCCUCAGGAAAUACAGAAGCUUAUGGUGCAAUUGCUGACUGCUACACUGAGCUAGGCGAUCUUGAGAAAGCUGGAAAAUUCUAUGACAAGUAUAUUGCUAGACUAGAAGAUUGACCUGCCUUAUGCACCAUUAUUGUUCUUUGCUAACAACUAUAGAGGUGCAGUGCCGAAAAGAAAAAAGAAAAAAAAAGUCGUCCUUAGCUACAUCUAUCAUGGUAGGGUUUGUUCACUUUUAUCUCGGAGCUAUCCAAUUUUGCGCAUCUGAAAAUUUAUUCGUCUCUUUACCUUUGCUUUUAUACUAGUCUUAAGGGAUUGUUAAUACUGCUUGAGAUUACUUGCAACCGUGUUCUUUCUAAUAAUAUUUCUGUA